AUGUACUGGACAGAAGUGAAAGAGAAGAAGGUUUAUGUGACCAGGAAGAUGUAUAUGGAGCUUCGCGGAGACAAACUGUCAAUGGCUUGGCGGAAGAUUUUAUUUGACAACCAUGUUAGACCGCGAUCAUUGUUUACGCUCUGGUUAGCAUUAAGGGAAAAGCUUCCUACAAAAGACCGGCUAAAACAGUUUGGAUUUAUUGAUGAGAAUGUUUGCAGUUACUGUGAGGACAUUGAAUCCACUAACCAUUUGCUCUUUGCCUGCAAGGGAACAAAUCACAUUUGGAAAGAGGUGUUGAAAUGGAUGCAUAUUCAAAGAGAACCUGAUUGUUGGAGCCAGGAAGUGAGAUGGAUGACUACUGAAGCCAACAAAAAAGGUUGGAAGACUCAAAUUUUGAAAAUUGCUCUAGCAGAAACUGUGUACGAGGUGUGGAGAUAUGGAAACGAAAAAAUAUUUUCAAAUAGAAACAUAGAUCAUUUUGUGGGAAAUAAGAUCAAGGAGAGUAUUUUGGGUAGAUGCCUCAUGAGUAGGAAACUACAGAGUCAUGUAAAUGUUUCCCAGAGUUGUAUAGAAUAG